CACUUCACAAUUAUGACGAGCCCAGCCCGGCAAAUUGUAAACCCUCUUCCGCUCUCCGGCUCUCCCCUCCCCUGCAUCAGCUUAAACCCUGGUAGGCUAGAACACUGGGAGAACUGAAGAAGUAGCCUCCCAGCAAAUAUCAAAUGAUGCAAAGCUGUUUCAGUUUCCAUCCCUAAGAACUCACUUUGUAGAUCCUGCAAGGACCCGAAGAUAAUGGCUUACAGAUCCUCCUCAUCUGCUACCAUGAUAUCUCCAUGGAGUUAUUCCAUUUCGUCUAGGGCCUCUAAAGUUCUCAGUUUAUCAUCAUUCAACUUGCUUCAUGGGUUUUGUACAAUUUCCUUCACGGAGCCUCCUCCAAGCGAACCCAUCUCUGCCAGCGAAGGAAGCCCAAGUUUGAAUGAAGCAAAUGCAGUUUCAGAGCCGCCGCCGGUGGGGGCUGAACUAGAUACGGCGGCGACCGGAGAAGGAACGAUCCCUAAAAGAACCCCUAGAGCUAAGCUUCGAAACCCAGAAAAGUUAGAAGAUAUAAUCUGCCGAAUGAUGGCGAAUCGAGAGUGGACGACUAGACUACAGAAUUCGAUCAGAAAUUUGGUCCCUCAAUUCGAUCACUCGCUUGUUUGGAAUGUUUUGCAUGGCGCCCGGAACUGGGAACACGCUCUGCAAUUCUUCAGGUGGGUUGUAAAGACUGGCUACCGCCAUGACCGUUCGACCACCUUGAAGAUGAUGGAGAUCCUGGGCCGACAUUCGAAGCUCAAUCAUGCCCGGUGCAUCCUAUUCGACAUGCCUAAGAAGGGCAUCGAAUGGGAUGAAGACUUUUUUGUUGUUCUUAUCAAUAGUUACGGGCAAGCUGGAAUUGUCCAGGAGUCGGUAAAGAUUUUUCAGAAGAUGAACGAACUGGGUGUUGAACGGACGAUCAAAUCUUAUGAUGCCUUGUUCAAGGUGAUCAUGCGCCGGGGACGAUAUAUGAUGGCGAAACGGGUUUUCAAUGCAAUGCUCAGAGAAGGGGUGACGCCUACGCGCCAUACAUACAAUAUUAUGCUGUGGGGUUUCUUCCUGUCGUUGAGGGUGGAAACUGCAAAUAGGUUCUUCGAUGACAUGAAGAACCGGGGGAUUGAUCCUGAUGUGAUCACAUACAACACUAUGAUUAAUGGGUAUUUCCGGGUUAAGAUGCUGGAAGAGGCUGAGAAGCUCUUCAUGGAAAUGAAGGCUAGGAAUUUAAUUCCAAAUGUGAUUAGUUAUACGACUAUGAUCAAAGGUUAUGUCUCUAUGGGCCGCGUUGAUGAUGCUUUGAGAUUGUUUGAUGAGAUGGGUUCCUUCGGAAUUAAGCCAAAUAGUAAUACUUACUCAACACUGUUGCCGGGACUCUGUGAUGCAGAGAAAAUGACUGAAGCCCGAAACCUUGUGAAGGAGAUGAUGGAAAGACACCUUGCCCCAAAGGACAAUUCAGUUUUCCUAAGGUUGAUAUCUUCCCAGUGCGAAUCAGGUAAUUUGGAGUGGGGUGAUGAUGUGCUUAAAGCGAUGAUUCGAUUGCAUAUUCCAACAGAAGCAGCACAUUAUGGUGUUUUGAUUGAAAACUUUUGCAAGGCAGGGGCGUUUGACAGAGCUGUUAAGUUACUGGAUAAGGUGAUUGAGAAGGAGAUUCUAUUGAACCCAUCUAGUUCAUCAGAGAUGGAGCCAAGUGCUUACAAUCCAAUUAUUGAGUAUCUAUGCAAUAAUGGGCAGACAGGGAAGGCAGAAACUUUUUUCCGACACCUGAUGAAAAGGGGUGUUCAGGAUCCGGUUGCAUUCAAUAACUUGAUUUGUGGUCAUUCAAAGGAGGGGAAUCCGGAAUCUGCUCUUGAGAUCCUUAAAAUCAUGAACAGACGUGCAGUACCAUCAGUUGCUGAUGCCUACAGGUUGCUUGUUGAGGGUUUCUUGAGGAAAGGUGAGCCAGCUGAUGCAAAGACUGCUUUGGAUGGUAUGAUUGAAAGUGGGCAUCUUCCUGACCCAUCACUGUUUAGGUCAGUUAUGGAAAGUCUAUUUGAUGAUGGAAGGGUUCAAACUGCUAGUCGGGUGAUGAAAAGCAUGAUAGAGAAAGGGGUGAAGGAGAAUAUUGACUUGGUUCCUAAAAUUUUGGAGGCCCUUCUCAUGAGGGGUCAUGUUGAGGAAGCCCUGGGUCGAAUUGAACUAUUGAUGAUUAAUGACUGCAUUCCUGAUUUUGAUAGUCUUCUGUCAGUUCUCUGUGAAAAAGGAAAGACAAUUGCUGCUUUCAAAUUGUUAGAUUUUGGUCUGGAUAGAGAUUGUAACAUUAGCUUUUCAACCUAUGAUAAGGUAUUGGGUGCACUUUUAGCAGCAGGAAAGAGCCUCAAUGCAUAUGCAAUAAUGUGUAAGAUUAUGCAGAAAGGUGGGAUCUCUGAUAGAAGUAGUUGUGAGGAUUUGAUCAGGAGCCUAAAUGCAGAGGGAAAUACAAAGCAGGCAGAUGUUCUCUCAAGGAUGAUCAUGGGAGAGAAAAGCAUCCAGAAGGGAAAGAAGGGGAAGAAACUUUCUGCAAUUGCACAUUGAGUUCCAUGUACUUUUCCUAACCUGAGAAAACUGAGAGCAAGUUGGAUGGUUGGGUUCUGCUUUAAGAAUUAUUAUGGGCUAAAUAAGUCAUGGCAACGUUUUUUUUUUCAAUUCUGGGUUUUCUUUUUCUAGUUUUUAGGGUUACUGUCUUUUUAUUUUCUGUUUUUUGAUUGUAGGGGAUAUUUGGAUCUUUGAGUUUAAAUUAUUAGCGAAAUAUCAAUCGGAGCUUUAUUAUCCUGUUUUUUUUUGUUUUCAUUUUCAGUAAGAGAACAAGUUGAAUAGCCAAGCAUUAUCCAGAAAGUUCUGGUAUGCUUCUAGUACACAAGAUUUUUUACCAUCAAUAGGGUUUUGAUUAAACUAUGACAACUUUUAGAUUUUGUUUC